GGGGCAGGCUGUAUUCAAGUCUGUGUUCCCAUUCAUGCAGAGUGUAGAGCAGUCCCCGCCGACAGACAAGCCGUGUAACAGCCUCGUCAAUACAGAAAGCGCUGCUCUCUCAGGCUGAUAGAAAGGGUUGUGACCCUGUACAGCAGAAGCCACCAUGGCAGAAGCUCACCAGGCGGUGGCCUUCCAGUUCACUGUUUCCCCAGAUGGCAUCGACCUACAGCUGUGCCACGAGGCUCUACGCCAGAUCUACCUCUCUGGCCUCCACUCCUGGAAGAAAAGGUUCAUCCGAUUCAAGAAUGGGAUAAUGACUGGUGUGUACCCGGGCAGCCCUGGCGGGUUCAUGGUAGUGGUUGUAUCCUACAUGUCCUAUAAUAAAUAUCAACAGCUGGAUCCCUCUCUGGGGUUGAUUGCCAAGUUGGGUCAACACAUACCCAUCAGUCGAUACAUGUCCACUGACAGCCAGAAGAUAGUUGGAGGAGUUCUGGUGGGCACGGGCCUGUGGGUCAGCAUAAUCAUGAUUAUGCGGAAUGUCCUGAAGUCCCUGCUGUCGUGGCAUGGCUGGAUGCAUGCUCGCCAUGGCUCUGUGUCCUGGUCUACUCGUCUGUGGAUGUUAUUAGUGAAGGUGUUCUCUGGCAGGAAGCCAAUGCUGUACAGUUUCCAGAACUCCCUGCCGCGGCUACCUGUUCCCACCAUCAAGGACACCUGCACAAGGUACCUGGAGUCAGUGCGCCCACUGAUGGAGGAUGAGCAGUAUGAACGGAUGGAUGGCUUGGCUAAAGACUUUGAGAAGAACCUGGGACCCAGACUGCAGUGGUACCUCAAACUCAAGUCCUGGUGGGCCUCCAACUAUGUCAGUGACUGGUGGGAAGAGUAUAUUUACCUUAGAGGCCGUGGGCCCAUCAUGGUCAACAGCAACUAUUAUGCAAUGGAUUUCCUGUAUGUGUUCCCCACCUCCGUUCAGGCUGCAAGGGCAGGUAACGCCAUCCAUGCUAUCAUGCUCUACAGGAGGAAGCUGGACAGAGCCCAGAUCAAACCUAUAUACUUGCUGGCAAACAAGAUUCCUCUGUGUUCGGCUCAGUGGGAGUGGAUGUUUAACACCACCCGCGUCCCCGGUGUGGAGACAGACACGCUUCAGCACAUGAACGACAGCAAACACAUAGCUGUGUACUAUAAGGGCCGUUUCUUCAAGGUAUGGAUGUUUUAUGAUGGGCGGCUGCUGUUGCCACGGGAGAUAGAGCAGCAGAUGGAAAGGAUUUUGGCCGACAAGUCGGAGCCUUUUCCGGGAGAGGAGAAACUCGCCGCACUGACUGCAGGGGACAGGACCCCAUGGGCCAAUGCUCGUGAAACCUUCUUCAGCCGCGGUAAGAACAAGCAAUCUCUGGACACCAUUGAGAAGGCAGCCUUCUUUGUAACCCUCGAUGACACCGAGCAGCGCUACGAUGAAGACAACCCUGUCAAGUCUCUGGACAGCUAUGCCAAGUCCCUGCUCCACGGAAAGUGCUACGACAGGUGGUUUGAUAAAUCCUUUAACCUGAUCGUUUUCAAGAACGGCACCAUGGGACUCAACGCAGAGCAUUCCUGGGCAGAUGCUCCAAUCAUUGGCCACCUCUGGGAGCACGUUCUUUCCAUGGACCCUUUUAAAUUGGGAUAUACUGAGGAGGGUCACUGCUGUGGGGAGCCCCACCCCAAUCUGCCAGGUCCACAGAGACUGUCGUGGGACAUCCCUGCUGAGUGCCAGGAGGUCGUCGAGAGCUCUCUGACUUUAGCCAGGACUCUGGCUGACAACGUGGACUCGCACAUUUUCCCCUUCAAUGACUUUGGCAAGGGUCUGAUUAAGAAGUGCCGCGUCAGUCCUGAUGCCUUCAUCCAGAUCGCCCUACAGCUGGCCCAUUUUAGGGAUAAAAAGAAGUUCUGUCUGACAUACGAAGCCUCCAUGACGCGUUUGUUCCGUGAGGGCCGAACAGAAACUGUGCGCUCCUGCACCAUGGAGACUUGUGCCUUUGUUCGUGCCAUGAUCAGAGAUGAGACAAGAGAAGAGUGUCUCAAUUUGCUUAAACUGGCAGCAGAGAAGCAUCAAAACAUGUACCGCCUGGCAAUGACCGGGGGGGGAAUCGACCGCCACCUUUUCUGUCUCUACGUGGUUUCCAAAUACCUGGGAGAGGAGUCGGCCUUCCUCAAGGAGGUCCUUUCUGAGCCGUGGAGACUGUCCACCAGUCAGACGCCUCUGCAGCAGCUCGAGCUGUUUGAUCUGGUCAGACACCCUGAGUACGUGUCCUCUGGAGGUGGAUUUGGCCCAGUGGCUGAUGAUGGUUACGGUGUCUCCUACAUCAUUGUUGGAGAGAACCUCAUCAACUUCCACAUCUCCAGCAAACACUCGAGCCCAGAAACUGACUCCCACCGUUUUGGCAACAACAUCAGACAGUCCAUGCUUGACAUACUGGAUCUCUUCCAGCUCGACAAGAAAACCCAGUGAUUGUCCUCUCCAUGGGUGGAAGUAACAUUGUUUUAAGCAAGAAAUGUAUUCUUCAUGAAGCUUGUACAUAAUAAAAUAUUGGAUUUUGGGUUAUUUUUAAGUUAAUUGAUGUUACAGAAAUGGGAAUGAUUGAGAGGUAUUUGUUAAUGUGUUUGUAAGGCGUUCAUGUAUGUAUAGGAAAGUUGCGAUUCUGGUGUUGUUGGGUACAGGUAAUGCACAGAUCAAAGUUUUUAUUCACAGGACUGUUCGCACGGGUGCCUUAGAGACCCGCUAAUGUAAAAAGGGCAGAAAAGGAGCGGGAAAUUAGAGCUCUAGAGAAAUUUUAGGGAAAAGAUUGUUCAGUUGCAUCAUCUAAUAUUUGAAUCAUAUUUUAAGUUGAGAGAUGGUGCAAUAUUUCUUUUGUCCCAAUUUUGAAAAUCUUAUGAAGUAUAUUGUAGUUUUUGUUUGGGUCUUUUUUUCCAACCCAGCACCUGAGUCAUGUGUAACGGGCCAAAGCAGCAAAUGUGAUGUUAAAUAUCAUCAACACAUUUCAU